AGUGAGUCAGGCAAAAGUUGCUUAUUAUCCUGUUCAUCGCACCGCUAGCGUUCACAGCUGUCGAAAUGGAAGGGCACCGCGUUUCUCGCGGACCACCCCUGGCCACAUUCUCUUCCUCGCAAACGUACUUGGGCAACUUACAAUCCAACACCAUACGUGAUCGGAAACGCGGGCAGCUGCUUCACAAGGACCCCCCUAUUUGCGUUAUCUACCUGGCCAGCCUCAAGUCCAAUCUCGUAUGCGGCGUGCGCGGCAUUUUAUCACUCCAGGCACCGCCCGCGCCUCCAGCCUUCCACCGCCUAGCAUCUGAUCUUUCCAGGCUGUACAGCCACACCACGGCACCAGUACGAGGCCAAUCUGCGCGGGUAUGGGGUGAGCAGCGGCAGCCUUGCUGCGGCGCCGCCAGCUGCGGCGACGACGACGAGAAAGACCACCAUUACCUCAGCGACGCAGUAGAGACGGCGGAGGCGGUACUCUGCCGCCACUUUGGGCCCCCGCUGCCGUACAACGGCUACACCACACCCUCAGGAAAGCAAUGCCGACUGGCCCCCGGCGAUACCGUACGGCACUUCCUCCACCCGUCUGUGGAGUCCUUUGUGAUGUCGCUGUUCCGCUGCAUCGAAGACCAGCGGACGCCCCUGGUUACGCUCGGGCCGCACUGCCUCUUCCAUGCGCAUCUCUUUCGUGCCCUGCCUCCCGCACCCGGCGUCGGGCUGCUGUUCCACGCCUGCGAGUACCCAGCCUACCAUGAGGUGCACUUCCCCUACCGGCUAGGUCACUGCCAGGAGGGCAGCCACCUGAGACCCGCGGGUCAGCAGCUCGCGCAUCGCAACCUGCUCUGGUACCAGGACCCUCAUCAAAAUGUAAAGCUUGAAAUAGUGGCUGCCACGCAUUUGUCUCCUCAGGAUAAACUUGUGGUGCUGGAUGUAUCAUCUGGCUCCUUGUUGAGACAUGCUUUAUGGGAGGAAACGUCGGAGCUGUGUACGCUGUACGAGGAGGAUUUUGGCAUACCGAUGCUGGAUCUGACCCUGGAUGUUGUGGAAAGAAGCGCGUGGCGUUAUGCCAAAUUGCUCGCGUCAUUACGGUAG